CGCCACCUAAAUACCAAUCACAAUAAAGUGGUUUGAAGCUGCCUAUGUCUCUGUUCUAAUCUAACUGUUUUUCAUAAUCGGUCCAAUUCGAAGUCGUUUAUAGCUCGUUGGAGCCUUGCCUUCGUGAACUGACUCAUCCUAGUCCCUCCAAAACCUCUGUUUCUACUUCCAGCUUCCUCGCCGCCAAACAUAUUAGCUAAACCAGGAAAAUGGGCAUCUUUGAAUUCUGAAAAUGGAACGAUAUGCAGUCAGAAAUAAUUCAAAUUACAUCUAAGAUAGUGGCCUAUUCGAAGUCGGGUCAAAUCAAUAAUGCUCGAAAACUGUUUGAUAAAAUGUCACACAGAGACUCCAUCGCUUGGAAUGCCAUGCUUGCUGGCUAUUCUCUAAUGGGUCUUCAUCAAGAAGCUCUUUCUCUUUUCUGGAGAAUGAGAAUUAUGAACACCAAGCCUGAUCACUUCACUUUCACUUCCACUUUCAGUGCUUGUGCUGGUUCUGGUGCUUGCAAACUACAAUAUGGGACUAAACUUCAUGCUUUGGUACUUGUUUUGGGUUACCAAUCUUAUGUGCCUAUCAAUAAUGCGAUGAUUGAUAUGUAUGGGAAGUGUCUGAGUCCUUCAAGUGCUGCCAGUGUAUUUGAUGAAAUGAGUAUCAAGAACGAUACAUCUUGGUGUUCGCUCUUGUUUGCGCAUACCAAGUCUUUUCAGUUUGACAUCGCGUAUAAAGUGUUCUUAGCUAUGCCAAGGAGAGUGGGGAUAGCUUGGAACAUAAUGAUAGCGGGUUAUGCACGAAAUGGGGAGGUUGAACGUUGUUUGGCAUUGUUGAAAGAUAUGUUGGAGAGUUCAUGUUGGCGGCCGGAUCAAUGGACUUUUAGCUCUCUUAUGAGUGCUUGUACAGAAUCAAUAUCAUUAUGUUUGUAUGGAUUCAUGGUACAUAGCUUUAUCAUUAAAAGCGGUUGGAGUUCAGCAGUGGAGACAAGGAACUCGCUUUUGAGUUUCUAUGCUGAGUUAGGUUGUAGAAGUGAUGCUAUGAAGGUUUUUGAUUCUAGUGGAAAGUUAAGUCAAGUGUCAUGGAAUGCCAUAAUUGAUGCAAAUAUGAAAUUGGGUGAAACCAAAGACGCUUUUCUCGCAUUUCAUCAAGCUCCUGAGAAGAAUAUUGUUUCGUGGACAUCUAUGAUCUCGGGGUAUGCAAGAAACGGCGAUGGUGAACAGGCUAUUAGCUUUUUUGUUGAGAUGAUGAGAAAUGGUUUCAAGCCAGAUGAUUAUGCAAUUGGAGCUGUGCUUCAUGCUUGUUCCAGCUUUGCAGUGUUAGAGCAUGGUAGAGUGAUUCAUGGAUGCAUAUUUCGUAAUGGAUUCCAUGGCUAUGUCUAUGUUGGCAAUGGCUUAGUAAACAUGUAUGCUAAAUGUGGGGAUUUAGAAGGUGCUAAUCUAGCAUUUUGCGAGAUUCGAGAUAAAGAUCUGGUUUCUUGGAAUGCCAUGUUGUUUGCAUUUGGUUUACACGGAAAACCUAGCCGCGCUCUAAAGCUAUAUAGAGAAAUGGUUGCAACUGGACUAAAACCAGAUAAAGUGACCUUCAUUGGCUUAUUGAUGACUUGCAGCCAUUCGGGUCUCAUAGAGGAAAGUCAGGAGUUUUAUGAAACUAUGAAAUCAGUUUAUAAACUUUCCCCUGAAAUGGAUCAUGUAGCAUGCAUUGUAGACAUGCUUGGUAGAGGUGGUUAUAUAGAAGAAGCAAAAGAAUUCGCCACCACAGUUUCAACCGAGUUAAGCUCGUGUGAGGCGCUUCUGGGAGCAUGCUCUGCACAUCAACACAUUACAUUAGGGACAUACUUGGGAAAAGCUUUGAAGGACUUAGAUCCUCAUAAAGAAAUUAGCUAUGUGAUGCUAUCAAAUUUGUAUUGUGGUAGUGGGCAAUGGAAUGAAGCUGAGAUAGUUAGGCAGGCAAUGCUAGACAAAGGAGUAAAGAAAAUGCCUGGUUGUAGUUGGAUUGAACUAAGAAAUAAGGUCUCAACAGCCACCGCCAUAGCCGCCGGUGCUAUAUUCCGCCACCGCGGUCCACUGGAGAAGCUUGCAGUAGUAUAGAAAUGUUCCUAGAGAGACUGGUUAGUUAUUUAGAGAUAAAAUAUUGUGUACCAACGCAGAGUAAAGACUCGGGAAAGUGAGGCAGAGGAAAUAUGGGGAGCAGAGCUGUAGUUUUUGGCAAGGGAAUCA